CCGCGUUGUCGCAUCACUCCGAAACGCGUGAACUAAAGCCGUCGUCGUCGUUCACCAUCGUCGGCAAAUGAUCGUGUUUUUAGUUUUCGUUUAUGCAAAAAAGUGAAAGCUCUCAUUCUUAGGUAAAACUCUAAUUAUUUUCUUCAUACGUUUAGUGUCGUAAGCAGCCACUCGAAAGAAGUCAACGCCUAAAGGUAACAAGCGAGCGCGCUCUUACUGUUUUGUAGGCUAGCCGCAUCAAGAUGUCAAAGGAAGAAGAGAAUACAAGCGAUGCCGGAGAAAACUCCAAUGAUUCCUCGGCGGAGACUUCGUCGUCACGAGGCGGUGGCGAUUUCGAGACAAAGCUUGAAACUGAUCGCAGCAAACGAUUCGAAUUCUUGCUCAAGCAAACUGAGAUCUUCUCGCAUUUCAUGACUGCCAAUGCUAAGGAUAAAGCUAGUCCCUUGAAAAUGAAACCUGGCAGACCAAGGAAAACACCAGGACCACAAGAGAAACUUCAUGCAGCUGGCAAAUCAAGCAAAGAUGAGAAAGAUGCUCAUGAUCACAGGCACAGCAAGACUGAACAAGAGGAAGAUGAGGAGUUGUUAGCUGCUGAUUCGAAUGUUGUUGCACCAAUAACAAGGUUUGAAAGUUCUCCUCCUUAUAUCAAGUCUGGAGAACUCAGAGAUUACCAGAUUCGAGGCCUUAACUGGAUGAUAUCAUUAUAUGAAAAUGGUAUCAAUGGUAUUCUUGCUGAUGAGAUGGGUCUCGGUAAAACACUGCAAACAAUUUCAUUACUGGGUUAUAUGAAGCAUUUUAGAAAUAUUUCUGGACCUCAUAUUGUAGUAGUACCAAAAACAACUUUAGCCAAUUGGAUGAAUGAAUUCAAAAAGUGGUGUCCUUCAUUGAGAACAGUUUUCUUAAUUGGUGAUGCUGAAACGAGAAAUGCAUUUAUCAGAGACGUAAUGUUACCAGGAGAAUGGGAUGUUUGUGUAACAUCUUAUGAAAUGGUUCUAAGGGAAAAAUGGGUUUUCAAAAAGUUUAACUGGCGCUACAUGGUUGUAGAUGAAGCUCAUCGGUUGAAAAAUGAAAAGUCUAAAUUGUCCGAAAUUUUAAGAGAGUGCAAAACAGCCAAUAGACUUUUGCUCACUGGUACUCCACUUCAGAAUAAUUUACACGAAUUAUGGUCACUUUUGAAUUUCUUGUUGCCUGAUGUUUUCAAUAGCUCUGAAGAUUUUGAUUCUUGGUUUAAUACUAACAAUUUUAUGGGUGACAAUGCUCUUAUUGAAAGAUUACAUGCUGUACUGCGACCAUUCUUGCUACGUAGGUUGAAAUCUGAAGUGGAAAAAGCUUUGAAACCCAAAAAAGAAAUUAAGGUUUACGUAGGUCUGAGUAAAAUGCAGCGUGAAUGGUAUACAAAGGUGCUCAUGAAAGAUAUCGACAUCGUAAAUGGCGCUGGUAAAAUUGAGAAGAUGCGUCUGCAGAAUAUUCUCAUGCAGCUGCGCAAAUGUUGCAACCAUCCAUAUCUAUUUGAUGGAGCUGAACCUGGUCCUCCAUUCACAACUGACGAACAUCUUGUAUACAACUGUGGCAAAAUGGUUAUUCUUGAUAAGCUGUUGCCAAAGCUUCAGGAACAAGAGUCUCGCGUACUUAUUUUCAGUCAAAUGACACGGAUGCUGGAUAUCUUGGAGGAUUACUGUCAUUGGCGUCAAUACAAGUAUUGUCGUUUAGACGGUAAUACAGCGCAUGAGGAUCGCCAAAGACAGAUCAAUGAAUAUAACGAACCUGGAAGCGAAAAAUUUAUCUUCAUGCUAUCCACUCGUGCCGGUGGUUUGGGUAUUAACUUAGCUACUGCCGAUGUUGUCAUUAUUUAUGAUUCAGAUUGGAAUCCUCAGAUGGAUUUGCAAGCAAUGGAUCGUGCUCAUCGUAUUGGUCAGAAAAAACAAGUACGAGUUUUUCGCUUUAUUCACGAAAACACAGUUGAAGAAAAGAUUGUCGAGCGUGCUGAAGUAAAACUACGCCUCGACAAACUCGUUAUCCAACAAGGUAGACUCGUCGACGCCAAGCAAAAUGCUCUCAACAAAGAUGAGAUGCUCAACAUCAUUCGUCAUGGUGCCAAUGAAGUGUUCGCUUCGAAGGAUAGUGCUAUCACCGAUGAAGACAUCGACACGAUCUUGCAAAAAGGAGAAGAGAAGACCGAGAAGCUUAACGCGAAACUCGAAAGCCUCGGUGAAUCUACUUUACGUAAUUUUACCGUCGAUGCCCCCACGGAUUCAGUGUAUCAGUUCGAAGGACAAGAUUACAGAGAAAAGCAAAAGUUAUUAGGUAUUGGCAACUGGAUUGAGCCGCCAAAGCGUGAACGCAAAGCUAACUAUGCAGUUGAUGCCUAUUUCCGCGAGGCUCUUCGUGUUUCUGAGCCGAAAGCACCUAAAGCUCCUAGGCCGCCUAAGCAGCCGAUUGUUCAAGACUUCCAAUUCUUUCCUCCUAGACUUUUUGAGCUCCUUGAUCAGGAGAUUUACUACUUUAGACAGACUGUCGGGUAUAAAGUUCCCAAAAAUCCAGAGUUAGGCUCGGAUGCGGCAAAGAUGCAAAAAGAAGAACAGCGUAAAAUCGAUGAAGCACAGCCUUUGACUGAUGAAGAAAUGGCAGAAAAAGAAAAGUUACUCACGCAGGGUUUUACCAAUUGGACUAAGCGUGACUUUAAUCAGUUCAUCAAAGCUAAUGAAAAAUACGGCAGAGAUGAUAUUGAAAAUAUCGCUAAAGAAGUUGAAGGUAAAACUCCCGAGGAAGUUAUGGAAUACUCGGCUGUCUUUUGGGAACGCUGUCACGAGCUUCAAGAUAUCGACCGUGUGAUGGCACAAAUAGAACGAGGCGAGGCUAAAAUUCAGCGUCGUGCUGGUAUCAAAAAAGCUUUAGAUGCUAAGAUGGCUAGAUAUCGAGCUCCGUUCCAUCAAUUACGGAUAGCUUACGGAACAAACAAGGGCAAGAAUUACACCGAGGAAGAGGACCGAUUCCUGGUGUGCAUGUUACACAAAUUAGGCUUUGACAAAGAGAACGUCUAUGAAGAGCUUCGAGCUACUGUAAGAUCUGCACCACAGUUUCGAUUCGACUGGUUCGUCAAAUCGCGUACAGCUUUGGAAUUACAACGCAGAUGUAAUACAUUAAUCACAUUGAUCGAGAGGGAGAAUCAGGAACUUGAGGAACGCGAAAGACAAGAGAGAAAGAAAAAAGGUGGCGGUAAUGCAGGAGCGAAACCUAGUUCUAAGCGCAAAGUUGAAAAUCUGCCAGCUCCCCAACCUAGGAAAAAGAAGAAGUAAAUGAUAAAUUAAGCUGACUGAUGAUUUACCGAUUAAUAUUAAUAAAUAAUUGAAUGAAUGAUUUUAUGGAACACAAUGAAUGUGUAUUUGCUACGCGGAUCUAGGUACGGAUUUUUUUAGCUUUUUAAAUUGGACGAUUUACGAUUAUUUAUGAAUUGUGCUAAAGUAUACAUUUCACGUUUAACGUAGAUUUAUGUAUUUUAUGUUGAAAAUCCAAUAAUUUGCUACGUAUAAUUAGAUAACAAUCUAAAUUUAUAACCAUUUCUUCGAUUGCUAGUAUCGCGAUUUCAUACGGUUUUGUAUUGCUUGCAGAAUUUGUCUUCGCUAUUUUUCUACUUGAUGUGUAAGAAUAUUUAUUUAUAAGAAAUCCAGUAAAUAUUGAUGACUACUUUUACAGCAAAAUAAAAAGUCACUAACUUUGUGGGUUAUUUUAAAGCGUACUACGAAUAAAUACGAAAUGUCAAUUUUGCUAAAUGUGUACCUAGAUCUGUUCCAUCUUUCUAAUAGCAGUAGAUACUUUAGUGUAUGUUAAAUGAACUACAAUUAAGAUAGUCGAAUGUGUGACAGUGUCAGUUAAAAAGUUGUGAUGACAUAAAAGCAAUUAAUUGCCGAUAACUUUCCAAUUCAUUGACAUUUCAUAUUUCUUAAA